GAGCAGGAGGGCUAGGACCGCUAGGACCGGGUAGGACGGCAAGGACUUGUUCAGCGUCGUUCAGCGCGUUGAGGAGUGGCGGGUCGAAAGUGGUAACAUGGAUGAGGAAAAGUUAGAAAUGCGAGAGAAUGUUACACGUGACAGUGUUUUAGCACUGGUAUUACAAAAAGAAAAAAUUGAAAGUGAAAUCAGUCAAAUUAAGUCUGUGCUCGAUAGUAAUAACGUUGGAAUGACAGAAGCACUUGUGGAUGACAGUGGAUAUCCCAGACAGGAUCUGGAUGUGUACCAAGUCCGAAAUGCCCGUCAUAAGAUUAUAUGCCUCAUGAAUGAUCACAAGAGUAUAAUGCUGAAGAUUGAGCAGGGUCUCCAUAUUCUGCAUGGGCAACAGAGGGAGGGACUAGGUCUACCAGUAGAUCCUACAACUGCAGCAGUGCAACAUACUGAACCAAUAGCAAGAGUUAAUUUUGUUGCAUCACAUUCACCAGCUGCAGAAGCAGGCAUCUGUGAAGAGGACCUGAUUGUGGAAUUUGGUUCAGUAAAUGCAAGCAACAUCCGAUCUCUGCAGGAUAUUGCUACUGUAGUUCGGCAUUCUCAAGAUCGGUCUCUUAGUGUUGUAGUCAGAAGACAUGACAAGACAGUGAGGCUGAGUCUCACACCUCAUGUAUGGACAGGUCGGGGACUGCUGGGCUUCAACAUAAUUCCUGUUGAGACUGUAGAGAGAUAGAAAACAAAGGUUGAAAGUACCACUAAAAUGUACAGCUGUGUAAUCAUAUAAGUUGAUAACAAAUAAAUCUAUGACUGGAAAAUUAA